CCUAUUUUCUCGCGGACUUUCAACUGGCGAGGAUCACCGAGCGCGCGAUCGCGUUUUUCUACCUUCUUUCUCCUCGUAACGUGACAUUCCUUGUACUAAUUAGGAUAAUUUGAGUGGCAAUCUGAGAAGGGAUUAAAGUGUAACGGGGUUUGAAGGACUUUAAGAGUGAUUUGGUGGAAUAAUCCUAAAAAGGACUUUCAGUGAUAUUUGUUGGUGAAAAACUGUGAUUACUUUGGAGAAUAGUAGCGUGAAGAACUUAGUGCGUUGAAAAAUAUCAGUGGAAAAAGCCAUUCAGAGCUAUAAAAAACUGUAGUGUUGCAGUUCUGUGAGAAACAUAACGGAAUAACCAAAUUUGCAGUAUUCAGAAUGGCAGCGGCUAAAGUGUCUGCGCAAUAGAAAAAUACAAAACGUUGACAGCUUAGGUAGAAUAUAAACUUUCUUGUGGUGUGGUUAGGAUUUUGGAGGCCCGUCAGCCAUGACGACCACACCGGUUUUCCCGAUGGAUGCUGGCCAAAAGCGAAUCGUCAAGUUCGGUUUUCUUGGGGUUAUGUGCAUCGUUCUGGGAUGGACGAUACUGGCACUUGAUCCCACCAACCUAAUCGUGACGGAUAUGUUAAGUAUGUACGAAGGUUCCUACCUGCAUCGGCUGUGGAAAAAGCCACCACUGGAAGUGUUCAUCAGCAUCUAUGUGUUCAACGUGACCAAUCCUGAGGCGUUCUUGCGGGGUGAAGAGAAAAUACGACUGCAGGAAGUGGGUCCGUACGUCUACCGGGAAUACCUGGAGAAUCACAACUCGACGUUCAAUCCGAACGGGACGCUUAGCUUUACACCGAUUCGUACGCAGGUGCUCGUACCGGAGCGCUCCGUAGGAGAUCCAAGCAAGGACAUGCUGUUCAUCCCCAACCUGGUGCUGUUGGGGGUCUCUAGUGCGGCGUACCGCAUGUCCACCUGGGCUUCACUGGCAGCUGCCGCGGCCUUGAAACCACUCGGUAUGAACCCGUUUCUGCACAUAAGCUCUCACGAUCUCCUCUGGGGCUACGAAGAUCCACUGGUCAGUGUGGCCUCUACCUUCCUUCCGGACACUAUUCCCUUCAAAAAAAUUGGGAUCCUUGAUCGCAUGUUUGACGAGGGUCAAGAUAUGGUAACGAUGAACCUUCCCGAGGCAGUGCUGAACAUGCGCAAGGCACAGAUCGUGUCGGAUGUUACGUCUCCGGAGGAGGCGGCCACGAUCGACGACGAUUACUUUGCGCCGGAAGUGCUGGAAGAGUUUACCGAGGAGCGUGACAAGGACGACGACGAACCGAUCCGGAACUACUCGAUCGACCUGUGGAACGGAUCUCCCGGGCUGGCGCACUGGGGCUACGUCGGCAAGGAUCACUGGGACGCGGACAGAAAAAACACCCCGUGCAACACGCUGCAGGGUGCGUACGACGGUACCGUCUUCCCGCGGAACAUCUCCAAGACGGAGAUCUUCAAGGUGUACCGAAAGGCGUUCUGCCGGACGCUACCGAUCGCGUUUGAGCGCGAGGGCGAACACGACGGCAUCAAGGCGUACUGGUUCGCGAUCCAGGAGAACGCGUUCGAGAGCUCGCUGGACGAUCCGUCUACGUCAUGCUACUGCCGCAACGGGAAGUGCUUGCCAAAGGGGCUGGGCGAUAUCAGUCCGUGCUGGUACAAUAUUCCCUUUGCCGUGUCGUUGCCGCAUUUCUAUAAAGGAGAUCCGGCGCUGGUGGAGGCCGUUGACGGACUGAAUCCGACCAAGGAGAAGCAUGAUGCCGUAAUUAUCAUGCAACCGCAACUCGGAAUUCCAAUGAAGGCAAGCAUUCGGGUGCAGAUUAGUUUGCUUACGAACGUCAGUUUCAAUGCGGAUCUGCGGCCAUUCCACAACACGGUGAUACCACUCAUUUGGGCUGAAAUGGCCGUCGAAAAGCUCACCCCGGACAUCGUGAUGCUGCUACACCUGCUCUUCGACAUUGCACCGUACGCCCAGCUCGGGUGCGUGUACGUGCUGUCGCUGCUCGGGGUUUCGCUACUCGCCACGACGGCGCUGAUGGUGCUGUGCACGCGCCACACCGCCCUCUCGUACGACCCGCGGAAAUCGAUCCGAUACUCGACCGUUUCGAUGAUUCCGUUUCCGCUGCGCAAGGAGCUGGAAAAGUACGGCGACGGGGAAAUCCGCCGCGAGGCCCUGCUCAUCGAGAAUUUGCCCUGAGAGAAAGAAAAAAUGCUUCUUGUUAGCUCUGUGUUUAAGUGUUUAGCGAUUUUGCCCCCCUAAUCGGGGUGGGAUCUGUGCAAUAAUUAUUCUCAUAGAAUAAAACAGUCAUUGUGAUAUAUUUAGGCUAGUAAGCGCACGUGAAGCAUGGAGGCGAUCGGGAUUACUGUACGAACUCACACACAACCAACAUUAAAGCAACGACACGUUCCAUCCACUGAACUGACAUUCUGUAGGCUUAUUUAGCUUUGAGCAAUUAUUUUAACUAUUAGGGAUUACUAUUAUCUAACUGAUCUGAAAAGAUAGCGCAAGCUGUGAUUCUUUAACCGCAAUUGUAGCAUCGUGUUACUUUGUAAGUACACGCAACAGUAUCUAACUAAAGAGGUUUCGAGUGUAACAAUUGAACAAUAGGAUUUUAUAAAAGCUUUCUUCUCUAUUACGAGCUAUGGUGUAGUAACAAAUUAAGUCGGUGGUGUGUGUGACGUAACGAGCUUAGGUCGGAAACCGUCGCCAGGACUCAGGACGGUUCCAAAUAAAGUCUUGUUUAAGAAUUA